AAAAGCGCUCGUGACAAAGGAAAUGUAGUAGGCUUGCUUGCAGAAAUCAGGUUGAAGACUGGGGUGAUGGUUGGUGAUACUGCAAAGAAACGAUGAAGCGAGUCAGAUUGUCUUGACAAGCUGCUGUGUUGCAUUGUUUUUUUCCUCUCGGGCAGCAUGCUUGUACAAGUUCAACGGAGAUGCUAGGUCGUCAGGAGGAGUGACCUGCUCCCACUGGCCACGCGAGGACACCGGGCGACGGCGUGGUGCCGGCCAUCCUGUUGCAUGCGCCGUCCACGAAGGGGGAGCUCUCAAGAAUCUCACUCGUUUUCGUAUCGAACUUGUUUCCGUAGAAUCACCUUCCGAUGUGGUUUAUUUUUUCAGGGUAUACGAUUAUCUCUUAGUAACUACGGUGCAGACAGUAGGUGUCACUCUGUUAGAAGCUGGAUGUCUUCGUUGUCUCCGGCCACGCGACAUGUGGUGGAAACAUCGGCAACGUAACUGAAGCAUACACCGGCAUGCCAACUCUUGUGCUCAUUGACCUGUGGUUUACUUUUAUCGAAGAAUGAAGCAGCGGAUGUGUUUUUCCUUCUGGUUGAAUUGUCUGUGAUAAGAACCCUCCAAGCGGUGGUCCGGUUUUUAGCACGCGUUGGUUUGUACCACGACUGCCGUGGUUUCCCUAGUCCAGGUGGUGGGCCACUGACAAUCUCGUGGCAAGGCAGGUUGCCCCCGCGAAGUCGACGACUGUAAGCAUUUUCUUCCUCACACUUUCUUCGCCUCUCUCCGCCAGCACUGGGGAGGUGGUCGCGUGUUCGCCACAGGUCACAUAGGAUUGGUGUCGACGAUGCCCAUUUGUUCGCGGCCGAGUAGCGCCCCCGUAAACAGUCGUCGAAACUGUAGCCUCGCACAAUGUCGAGAACUGGUGACGAAGCAAGUGUAUCCAGGCGAAGUGUGCGGGAAAGAAUGCCUCAUCGUCUCCAUGCUGCUGGUUCAGCUGACGCUGGGGAGACAGCCUCAGAGACGGCACUUUUUUUCGACAGCCUGAGGAACGGGCACCUUAGCACCGAGGCGACUUCCCUGUCCCUCUCACAAAUGACGUAUAGAAAGAAAGGAAACGUUGCUGAGUGCCUACAGAGAAGCAAGCGGAGGACGCGGCAAGUGGAAACCGCCUGCAGUACCCAGUGCCAAAACCUCCGUGAAUGCGGAGACGAUUGGUAUGCCCCCACCGAGUAUGCAACUGAGAGACGGGGUCGCAAGUGUGACAGUCGUCUGCCAGAGUCGGUUGAGGGGACAGAGACUAAUGUGCUGAACGCAAAGUCGUGCUGUCGCCUGAAGUGGCGACGUGCAUGCAGGGAUGGAAAAAAACAGGAAGGAGAGCUGGCAAACCAAGAGCCGCCAGUUUAUCCUUUUCCUAGGCAUGACUUCGCUGUACUAUCGCAUAGGACGGCCUUUGUCAAUGGAUCAAAUGAGUGCACACUCGCGUCCCUGAACACACCAACGCCGUCUGCAUUGCUUUGCAGAGGAACGCAGCGGCGAUUGAUGGCUUCCGUGGGAACCCGUGAGUGUCUGACUCAUUGGCGUGGCACUGGGAUAGACACCACAAAAGCAUGCAGAGGAGACGCUGGGAAACCAACAGAUGCAGCACCUUAUACUGUAGAACAGUCUAUGUCGACUACCCCGGAAGCUGCAGGUCGUGCCGCGGAAAUGUUGACCAGACAGCGGCCUUACUCCCUUUUUCGUCCUUUGGCGAGAGGGAAGACCGAUCAGCAAGCUCGGAUAUCGAUGCGUGUUUCUCAAAAGAAACCCUUUUCGAGAUGCACUGCUCCUCCAAAACCGUCGACGCUUGUUUCCGCAGCGAACCCUGCGCCGAGGCUCCCACUCAGAAGCCACUGCCUGACAGAACAGGGAAGUCAAUUCCAACUCUCUUCAGCCGUCGAUCGCAUGAUGCAUUCGCACCACGGGCUUGCGCGGGAGACCGUCAUUGCUUCAGACGAGGAGGACUCAAAUAGCGACGGCGAACCCACACAGGCACAGACUCAUCUGUCGAAUAAACGGCGCUGUGAAAGGGAAGAGCAGGAAGCGUUGGCGGGACCGUUGGGUACGGACUUGCUGGAUAAUGUUGAAGGUCAAAUGUCAUUGGCUGGGGACAGGGAGCAGGAUCCGGGGAGGGCAGAGGCAGUGGACAGUGUUAGUGAAGGCGCGUCUACUCGACGCCUCUUGAAUGGAGGGAUGCAGACACGCCUGCUCGUGUCCGAAUCACUGUCUCCGUCAUCGUGUCAACAACAGCAGCGCAGGCAAAGCGAGAAUGAAAGUGCUGGUAGGGAGAUCAACCAGGAGGCAGACCGUUUGAAGGCCAAGGCCAUGCGCACAACUAGCCCGGACUCUUGUCGCCGACAGUUGAAGACCCUAAGGUUAGUGCCGCUACGCAAUGACCGGCCGCCUGCGCCUGGUGUCCGUCCGCAGACGCUUGUGGGGCCCUGUCAAGCAGCGAAUUCUUCCGAAAAUGAAGAGAAAUCGGCGUUUUGGGGUCGAUCAUCCCUCAUGGACAGCGCGCAGCGAACCGUCGCAGCAAGGGUCGCCUUGCGUCUGCCGACAGGCGCAGCGACAACACAUGAAACAGACGAAAACUCUCAACAACAUGAGCCAGUGAACGCGUGCAACGAAGAACUCAAGCCCGACGACAUUGUAUCCGUGAACUCUGGCAAGCGUGGAAGUGAACAUUUGAGAUCAACCCUUUUUGAGGAAGUCGCGCCAGCACAUGGUUCAACAUUAUCGUGUGGACUCAAAGGAGGAAAUUCCUCGAAGGGCACUGUAACUGCAGGUCCCCGAGCGUCGGUCGAUUCGAUCACGUCGUAUGUUGAUGCCUCAAGCGACACCGCUACGCGCACUUCAGCCGACUCAGGACUGCACGACUUUUUGUAUGCCGGUUUCACGUCUCCACAUUUCAUGCGCCUGUCUGCGAGAGAGGACGAGGAGAACUGCUGUGGAGGCGUGAUGCUCUCCAGGCAAGGGCACGACUGCACAAAAGCUCCGAGUCUUUAUCAGUCUACGGUUACGGUGGACACCGUGGACCCCAAGGGCAGGGGGGGCCGCCUGGCGUCAGCAACGACCUCUGAAGUCGCCGCUACCUCUCCCGGAGGUGCUGAAGGCAGACACAAUGCCACUACAAGCAAUCCUGCAGCAUGUACGGCGUCCUGCUUUGUAACAGCCACGAAUGGAGAAGGGAGUCAUAGCCUGUCACUGAGGGCACCUAGAGAACGUCACAGAUAUCACACAACUUACUCGUGGCCUCCCCGCUCCGCAGCCGCAGACACUCCGCAUGUAGGUGAAACUACAAGUAUUUCGCAAGAAACGUCUGAGGAAUCAAAAGCUGCCAUUGCAACUUCUGAUCAUGUUACGACGCUCGACAAAAAAGUGUGGAGUCUCAAUACAAGCUGCUUCAUACCAGUUGCAGAAACUAGCAAGAGAUCAGCGACGCUGGCACGAGUUAAAAGAGCACCCCUCGCUGAGGGGGACAAACGUUCGAGGUGUCGCAUGCGUCAAAAUGGUUCGCAUCAUUUCCGGCGUUGUAUUUCGGCGGUGCGGAGUGCUGCGGCACUGGAAAUCCGACAGCUACGGAAGUUUCUGCAGGAAGUAUGGACGAGUGCAAAGCAGACAGAUGAACGCGCGAAUUUGGAUAGCUGUUUCCCGGCAGGCACAGAAAAUAACGACCUACAGCUUUUGGGAGAGAGCUUCCAAGAAGCGUUUGAGGAUGAAGACAUCCAGGCGCGUUUUAAUCAGUCACGAAACAGGGUAGCGGGAAACGGGUGCGAUGACCCGCUGUGCGGGUAUUUGCCUCUGCGUGCACUUGCCAAAUUACUAUAUUCCCGUGUGAGGAACUCGAUGACAUGCGCUGUCGAUAUUUCGCGGAAGUCUCAGCAGUCUCUUUUUGCCUCGCGGCUACGAAGGUCUGAGAGUAGCACUAUGGGGCAUUCCGUGUCCGUGGAAUCUGCACUUUCACUAGGCAGUGCGGGAGUCGCGUCACAGGACACAGAAAUCGAUGCGACCGCGGGCCCAACUCUAGAUUCAAGCAAAGCCGCCAGCACACAUACUCGGUUCCGUCCUCCAGCUUCUACGGAUGUCCGUCGCGGCAGCUGGCCCAGAAAUCCUGCAUCGGAGAGUCACCCUAGCUUUGGGCGAUGGUGCAGACGUUUUCUUCUGAUGCAUGUCAAGUCUACGAAGAUAAUCCAUGAAGGUGCGGUAGUUUUUGGAAGUUUAGCUAACAUUUUCUAUGUGGUUCGCGGACGGACAGUACCUGAUGACAUCCGCGUUCAGUGUAUUCUUGCUCCGCGAAGCUGGCGCCACAUCAGGCAAUCAGCAGAAGAUCAUGCCGGCGAGCCAUCGGGUGGUCGAAGAGCCGAAGCACUGGUACUCGACAAGGGGACGCAGAUGGUCGUGCAAGACUCUUCCAGGCAACUCAAGAACGGGUUUGCUGGCGAGAAAAAGAAAUCUCACUGGUCGACAGAACCGGUAGUUUUGGCGAUUGUAAAGCCACGAGCACUGCGAAUGCAGCAAGAAGAUCCGGCGUGGGGAAACACAGGUGGAUCCGGGUGGAGCGCGUUGAAGAGAGGAAGACGUAGACUGUUGCUUCACGCCGGUGUCGUACGUGUGGAGUGACGCAUCUGUUUUGUUCAGAGUCACGGAAACCAGGCGGCCCCAUAGUUUAUUGAACUAACGUGCAACCUGUUUCCCGUACCUGUUGGCCGGCCGGCAUCUGGGUAUAGCAUCUGUACGUCCUAGUUCCUUGUAUUGUCUGUGUAGGAAUGCAAUACCUUAUUAAAAAUUCCCGGGAACGAAGUUCGAAACUGCUCAUCCAAAUGAAGACAUCAUACGUAUCCUUCAGUACCACAGUGUCAGCUACUGAAACACCAUGCUGCCGACACCACAGGAUACUUCCCUUUCCUCGCCGGCGCGGCGCCUGUACAUCGACCGAGCAACAAUAGUCUUCAGUUGUUGCGCGCUGUUCCUGGGCGUCACGCCAGGCAUUGCACUCUGUGCCGUCCGUCGAUGUUGCGCUUUUAUCGAGGACUCAACGGUUUGGCCGCUCUUCCGAGGGCUAAGGCUGUCCUUACCUGUCGCC